AUGUGUGCAGCAUUUUCAUAUGCAUGUAAGCCUUCCAUCAGAUCAGGUGAUGGAAAAUUCUUGAUUCAUAGAAAUAGAAGAACGACUGCAAGAGCUGAAAUGGCUAUUGCUGUUCCUAAGAGAAACAAUGAGUCCUUCCAUCCAGAGAAACCGAGUUUCCAUCCUAUGUUUCUUGAAGAAGCAUAUGAUCAAUGCAAGAACAUAUGUGAAGAAUAUGCAAAAACUUUCUACUUAGGAACACUUUUGAUGACAGAAGAGAGAAGAAAAGCAAUAUGGGCUAUUUAUGUCUGGUGCAGGAGGACUGAUGAAUUGGUUGAUGGCCCGAAUGCGGGUUAUAUGAGUUCUUCUGUUCUCGAUAGGUGGGAUGAGAGACUCGAAGACAUAUUCGAGGGACGUCCCUAUGACAUGCUUGAUGCUGCACUCACGGACACCUUGUACAAGUUCCCAUUAGACAUCAAGCCCUUUAAGGACAUGAUUGAGGGUAUGAGAAUGGAUAUAAGGAAAAAUCGAUACGCAAAUUUCGAGGAACUCUAUCAGUACUGCUACUAUGUGGCUGGAACAGUUGGCCUAAUGAGCGUUCCAAUAAUGGGAAUUGCACCAGAAUCAUCCCUUUCUACUCAAAGCAUUUAUAAUGCAGCACUCUCUCUAGGCAUCGGCAAUCAACUAACAAACAUUCUUAGAGAUGUUGGAGAAGAUGCAUCGAGAGGGAGAGUUUAUCUUCCGCAAGACGAUCUUGCGAAGUAUGGAUUGAGCGAUAAGGAUGUCUUCUCAAGAAAGGUGACAGAUGGCUGGAGAGAAUUCAUGAAAGAGCAGAUCAGUAGGGCAAGGUUCUACUUCAACCAGGCUGAAGAGGGAGCUUCUCAGCUUGCCAAGGCUAGUCGGUGGCCGGUGUGGUCAUCCUUAAUGUCGUAUAGGAUGAUCCUGGAUGCCAUUGAGAAGAACGACUACGAUAAUUUAACAAAGAGAGCAUAUGUUGGGAGGACUAAGAAACUCGUGACAUUACCAGUAGCUUAUACCAGAGCCCUGCAGCACCCACUCUGUUUCACAAAAUCAACAACCCCAGGCAACGGGCAUUUCCCUGUUCUUUUGGCAUGCCGGGCUAGGCUUGGGUCCUGCAUGGUCUGUCAAGACAAGGCUGACCUGGCUUGGCCUGGGGAUUGA